ACCAACGCUAUAGCAUAAGGCAAUCACUUUCCUAGACUGGUCACUGCUGGCUGUGUACAACGUGCUGCGUGUUCCCCGCGAAUUUCUUUUGUCAGCAACCGGCCGGGGAUGCAACAAGCAACCCAAAAACUACUCAAGAGAAGACCUAGACGCUACGGGCUCAAUCCUGUACAUACAUUCAGUGCAAAGCUAUACUUAACCCAAGUUCUAUUAGCCUCUUAAGCAAUGCCUUCCAAGAAACGCGCUGAAAAGGAAGACAUCAUCCAGUCAAUCUUAUCUCUAUCCCUCAAUGAAGCAGUUGGUCUGCAGCUCGCAGAGCCACUCCCUCAAACGGCUUGCCGAGCAGUCCUUCAACUCACCACAACGAAGAAACACUUGACGCCUGUGGGUUCGUUUCAUGGUGGCUUAUUCGGUGUUGCACUGGAUACGUGUGCGUUGAUGGCUACCUUGAAUGCACUAGAUCAAGACGAACAUGCCGUCACUGUUGCGAGUGCCAUGCAAAUCAUUGCCGGUGUUGCAGGAGAGGGAAAGCAAGUAACAUUUGAGAUGCGAUUGCUGAAAAGAACAAAGAGACUGGCAUUCUUGGAAGGGGAGGCACGCUCAGCGGAUGGCAAACUGCUCGCCAAAGCAACCUUCACGAAAGCCAUUGUUCAACUUUCACCAAAGGCGAGUAGAUUGUAAGAUACGUAUAUAUAGGUAAAGGGACGCUUAGCCUGACCAAUUGAUGGAUUUCAAAUCGAUCCCAUCCUGCACCAUCUCCCACAAGGGUGAGAGUUCCCUGAGGAAGUCCACUUUUGCAGUGACUUUAUUGACGACAAAGUCCACCUCCU